AUGAGCUUUCGACCCCAGGAGCUACCGGCAGCGACGCCCAAGAAAAAAGUGACUCUGGCGCGGCUUGCCGAGAUGCGCCGGAGGAACCUACCAAUUAGCGUCUUGACGGCCUACGACUAUCCAACUGGUCAACGCUGCGAGCUCGGAAACGUCGAUAUCUGUCUCGUUGGAGACUCUGUGGCACAGGUCUGCCUCGGUUACGACAAGACGACCUCACUUACCCUCGACGAAAUGCUCCACCAUUGCCGAGCGGUCGCAAGAGCAUGCAAGACGCCCCAUCUCGUCGCGGAUAUGCCAUUUGGAACCUAUCACGUCUCCGUAGCAGACGCUAUCCGCAACGCUGUCCGGCUCAUCCAAGAGGGGAAUGCGGAAAGUGUCAAGCUGGAAGGCGGUAUGGAUGUCGUUCCCAUUGUCAAAGCACUCACAACGGCUGGGAUUCCUGUCAUGGCGCACAUAGGACUCAUGCCCCAGCGUGCCGCCGCUCUGUCAGGGUAUCGCGUCCAAGGUCGCGAUGCCCAAGGUGCACUCUUGCUGUUACACGCAGCAAAGGCACUCCAAGACGCCGGAGCAUAUGGAAUGGUUCUCGAGGCGAUUCCUCACAAGCUCGCCUCGCUUAUUACCGACACACUUUCGAUCCCUACCAUUGGGAUUGGUGCCGGCAAAGGCUGUAGUGGCCAGGUCCUCGUCUGGGACGAUGCAAUGGGUAACUGGACUGGACAUAAGGCAAAGUUUGUCCGCCGGUUUGCCAACCUUGGCGAAGUCGCGGCCCAAGGUGUUAAUGACUACGUCUCCGCCGUCCAAAGCCGCGAAUUCCCAGCGGAGGAACAUACUUAUGAUAUGCAUACAGGAGAAUGGGAAAAACUGUGCUCGUUGCUCGAGGAAGGAUCUAGUUAA